UCCACACUCGAACACAAAAUAUAUAUCUAGUCACUCUCUUCUUCUUCCUUACUCUCGAUUUCUCUCUUCUAAUCCAUUUGAGUUUCCUUGAUUCUUUUAAAAAUGGCUUUUUCUGUUACUCAAUGUCGUCUGUUAAAAAUUUUCCUUUUGAUUUCUCUGUUUCAAAUUUCUCUGGCUGGGAGGCUGCUGAGUGAGGUGGUGCAGGACCAGCCUCAGCUCUUGAAAUACCACAAUGGUCCACUGCUUUCCGGUAAAAUCACCGUCAAUCUGAUUUGGUACGGGAAUUUCAAGCCGUCCGAGAGAGCUAUUAUCUCCGAUCUUGUCACCUCCCUGUCGUCUUCAGCUCCUCAAACCAGCCAACCUUCCGUGGCUACAUGGUGGAAAACCACUGAGAAGUACUACCGUCUCACCUCCAAGAAGGCCACGCUUUCCCUUUCCUUGGGAAAGCAGAUUCUCGACGAGAGCUGCUCGCUGGGGAAAUCAUUAAAGAACAAGCAAAUCGUGGAGUUGGCUUCAAAGGGUGACCAGAAGAACGCGAUUAAUGUGGUUCUCACGGCGGCCGAUGUCGCUGUUGAAGGUUUCUGUAUGAGCCGCUGUGGGACUCAUGGGUCUGCUGUGGGCUCCGCCGAGGGCACGAAGCACUCCAAAUUUGCAUACAUUUGGGUAGGUAACUCAGAAACGCAGUGCCCGGGUCAAUGCGCUUGGCCGUUCCACCAGCCGAUUUACGGACCACAAAGCCCACCUCUCGUCGCACCCAACAACAAUGUGGGUCUUGAUGGCAUGGUGAUCAAUCUGGCUAGCUUGUUAGCCGGGACCGCCACCAACCCCUUCGGGAACGGCUACUUCCAGGGCCCAGCUGAGGCCCCAUUGGAGGCUGCAUCCGCCUGUCCCGGCGUUUACGGCAAGGGAGCUUAUCCGGGCUAUGCUGGAAACUUGUUGGUGGAUCCUACAACCGGUGCUAGCUACAACGCACAUGGUGACAAUGGAAGGAAGUACUUGCUUCCGGCUUUGUAUGAUCCUGCGACGUCGUCUUGUUCAACCUUGGUCUGAGAUUGUAGUGGGCAAUGAGUAGUAUUUUAUUACACGGUUUAUAAAUCAAAAAAAAAAAAAAAAUCAUGUAAUUCAUUGAUUUGUUAAUUUGUUUUGGUUAUGAAUAUUAAUAGUAGACUAGCAAACCACCUGAGUUUGUAUUUUU